GUCCAUGUUCAUUCCGACUUGAAUACCUUCUACCAGAGUGUCCCGAAAGAAAUUUUGCCGAAGGAGUACGGAGGCAAUGCAGGAACAAUAAAAGAAAUAUCUGCUAAAAUGCCUACCAACGACAUUCCUGCAUGUAUCACCGAAAAAAAGAACUGUUGGAGUAUACCAGAUCCAUGGUACAAAUUCCCUUGUUACAGUAUCAUGGAUCAGGAGUGGCAGAAGAAGCUGGAGGCGUGGCGGCAGUACUUCGCGGAAGACGACCAGUUCUGUGCAGUGGAGAGCAAGCGGCCGGGCCGGCCCAAGACGCACCAGGACCUGUUCGGCCUCGAGGGCUCCUUCCGCCCGCUCGCCGUCGACUGAGCGCCGCCGCCGCUCCGUUGCACGCGUGGGGCAAUUCUUAGGUUAGG